AAGCAUAUGUGAUAAUCGAUCAGCUGAUUGUCAAAUCGGCGAAGAGAUGAAAAAGUAAUCGAAAUUCGUGUUAUUUAACAAAAUUUUAAAGCAAAUAAAAGUUGAUAUUUGAAAAUGUCCGGAAGAUUGAUACUACGCCAACUUUUUCGACAGAGCAUUAUUGCGCACCGCGUACCUCUGCUUAAACGCUACGAAAACGCGUCUACAGCUUCUGGCAAGACAACCUUCAACAAAGACUCCCUGAAACAGCUUGUAAAUACCAAUAAGGUUGUCAUCUUCAUGAAAGGUAACCCGGAAGCACCCAAAUGCGGCUUCAGCAAUGCGGUGGUGCAAGUACUGCGCAUGCAUGGUGUUCAGUAUGAUGCUCACGAUGUGCUGCAAAGCGACGAGUUGCGCCAAAGUAUAAAAGAAUUUUCCGAUUGGCCUACUAUCCCCCAGGUCUAUAUUAAUGGAGAAUUCGUUGGCGGUUGCGAUAUUUUAUUGCAAAUGCAUCAAAGUGGCGAUUUGAUAGAAGAGUUGAAGAAAGUUGGAAUAGAAUCACUUUUACUGACGGAAUCAAAAAAUCUAGACAAAAAUGAAACAAAAGGCAGUAGUACAGAAAAUAAGUAAAGAAUAUAAUAUUGUAAUAUAUUAGUCAUAGGGAAAAUUAUUGCAAUGUUUUGUUAGCCUCAAAUAUCCAAUUCUUAAUCCAUAACUUGAUAUUCCUUACCUAAAAAAUAAAAAACUAAAGAAAUUUA